AUGUCGCACACUGGUCCCCCUCCUCGUUGGCUUAAUUGCCCCAGAAAAGGGCAACUUGUUUCAGAUAAAUUCCUGCCGAUGAAGACAAUGCUGGGUCCCAGAUACGAUGAUCAAGUGGAGGAGGCAUACCGUUUUCAUCCCAGCAUGCUGUUCAACCAUUUAAAGAGCCUAAAAGUGAAAAUGGGUUUACUUGUGGAUUUGACCAACACUAACCGCUUUUAUGAUCGCAACGACAUCGAAAAAGAAGGGAUCAAAUAUGUCAAGCUUGCAUGUAAAGGACAUGGAGAAUGCCCUUCAAGAGAAAUAACGGCGACCUUCACGAGGCUCUGUGAGCUUUUCAUACAGAAGAAUCCAACUGAAUUGAUCGGUGUUCACUGCACGCAUGGCUUCAACAGGACAGGCUUUCUGAUAUGCGCAUACCUGGUGGAGAAGAUGGACUGGAGCACCGAGGCAGCUGUGGCUGCUUUUUCUGGGGCCCGGGCUCCGGGGAUCUACAAGGGAGACUACCUCAAAGAGCUCUUCCGUCGCUAUGGUGACGAGAAGGACGCCCCCCCAGCGCCAGCCCUGCCCGACUGGUGCUUCGGCGAGGACGGCGGGGAGGUGGACGACGACGGGAAUGCCGUCGGCCAGGAGCUGGGCGCCAGCUCCUCUGGGUCGGGACCCGGUAAAAGAAAGAAAGAAAAGCUCAAACUGGGUGCAGUUUUUCUCGAAGGCAUCACGGUGAAAGGCGUCACACAGGUCACCAUUCAACCCAAGUUAGGCGAGAUCCAACGAAUGUGUCAGAAGAUGGCUGAGUGGGACAAAUCUGGUUUUCCCGGAGCCCAGCCCGUGUCCAUGGACAGGCAAAACCUUAAUUUCCUUUCCCAGAAUCCCUAUAAAGUGAGCUGGAAGGCCGAUGGCACACGGUACAUGAUGCUGAUCAACGGUAAAGAUGAAGUGUACAUGUUAGACAGGGACAACACAAUCUUCCACAUAGCAAACCUCGAGUUUCCUUUCCGGAAGGAUCCGCGCAUCCACCUGGCAAACACUUUGUUGGAUGGGGAGAUGAUCAUCGACAAGGUGAAUGGUCAACCUGUACCGCGCUACUUGAUAUAUGACAUCAUCAAAUUCAACGGACAGCCUGUGGGCCAGUGCGAUUUCAACAUCCGAUUGUUAUGUAUAGAAAAGGAAAUCAUUUCUCCCAGGAUGGAAAAAAUGAAGACGGGACAGAUCGACAAAACCAAGGAACCCUUCAGUGUCCGAAACAAGCCCUUCUUCGACAUCCACGCCUCACGCAAGCUCUUGGAAGGCAGCUUUACAUCCCAGGUCAGCCAUGAAGUCGAUGGGCUUAUCUUCCAGCCAUGUGGGAGGUACAAGGCUGGGAGGUGUGAUGACAUUCUCAAGUGGAAGCCCCCCAACCUCAACUCUGUAGACUUUCGCCUCAAGAUCACCAAAGUGGGAGGAGAAGGGCUGUUGACACAGACCGUCGGCCUCCUCUACGUUUGCAAUUAUGACAUGCCCUUUGCAAAGAUGAAGGCCACCAAAGAGCUGAAACAGUACGACAACAAGAUUAUCGAGUGCACCUUCGCCAACAACACCUGGGUGUUCAUGAGGCAGAGGGUGGACAAGAGCUUUCCCAACUCCUACGACACCGCCAUGGCGGUGUGCAAAAGCAUCCAAGAACCCGUCACUAAAGAAAUCCUUUUGGAGUAUCUGGAUCGCUGCGCUCAAGGGGCUCAGAACCACAGACGCCCCUCAGACCCAGACUCUCAGCUAAUGCCCCCUCCGCCUCCAAAAAGACCCAACCGAGACGCCCCAUAGCCUCUGGACCGACCCCCAGUCCCAGCAAACAUUUCCAACGUCCCUACAGCAAGAACAGAGAAAGGCUUUUCAAACCGAACCACCAUCACUUCAUCAUCAGCCUGUAAAUAUCUCAGCGUCAGUGUUACACGUUUGACUUCUUUGUAGCUUUAAUUGCCUGUGUUCUUAUUAAAAUGUUAAGCGUGA